CACGGUCAAGGUACUUGUUCUCGUCAGAUGAUAUCAAAAUAUCUGCGUUACGUAGUUUAGCAGAUAUUUGUUUUCUGCUCGUUCUGCAUUUUGUAUUCUUAAUGUGUUAUACAAUUAGGUGUUUCAGUUACGCAAUAAGCGUUAAUUGCAUGUCGUAUAUAUAGCUGUUGUCAGUUCGUGAUCUUUCUUCGGGUCUGCCAACGCCACACGCUACUCCAAUGUUCUUUAGCAUGAGCGACUCUGAGGAAGCUAGGGCACGUUCUAGUCGGAACGAUGGAGUUUGAGAUCCUUCUGUCGGUGCUGUUAUACGGUCUGCCGUUUCUGAAUCGAUGGGUUCUUUAACCGAUAACCUCACCAAGGUUAUUGAAUCUAGGCUUAGCGAUUUCACGAAGCGAUUUUCCGAAGAGAAUAGCUCGUCCGUUGAACAAGCAGUCAAUAGAGCUCGGUGCGAACAAUAUACCUGCAAAAGGAAAGGAAACCAACAGCAGUUGGAUCAUUCCCUCCAAGUGAUGGAUAAACUAGACGAAGCAUCCGACGCUCUCAAGCAGAAAUUGUACGAGAAAGUUAAAGUUGCCCUGGAGUCAGGUACUGAAUUAGUUUCCAAGCGUGUUAAAGGCAUUAAGCUAGCUGACGAGAGCGAAUAUGGAUGGGUGACCGUUAACGAAUAUUUGUCUGAUGAACUCGCCUCUGACUUCGACGACGAGAAGAGAAUUUACCGGGCCGAGAGGAGAGCCGGGAGAAAAACAAAUAAAGAGAAGCGUCGUCGUGUCCGUUCUGACGAGAAAGGAAGCGGUUCCUCCUCUGUAAUCCGCGCGGCUUCUUCGUCGAGAUUCUCGUCUAAGGAUUUGGCCUCUUGUUCGGAAGCUAGACCAGCUCGUCGUUUGGGGCCUUGUUUUCAGAUAAGUAGCCCACUCUUUCUCGUUAUACUGGCUUUGUUUUUACCUCGUCGAUUAUGGCGUUACACUCAGGCCAUAAUCAAAUAUUUUCCAUGAAUUGCUGUUUUGCUGUAUGUCGUUCUAUAGACUAGGUUAGUGCAGAAUAUCGAAAUAUCUGUGGUACGUCGUUUAGCAGAUAUUUGUUUUCUGCACGUUCUGUAUUUGGC